GAAAACACUGACAGAGGACACACAAGCCACAGACAAUGCCAUUCCUAGGACAGGACUGGAGGUCCCCCGGGCAGAGCUGGGUGAAGACGGAGGAUGGAUGGAAGAGAUUCCUGGACCAGCACAGCAAUUAUGUCAGCGACAUCAACAGUACACUUCACUAUUUCAAUGUGGAAAACAAUAAAGAGAAUCUCUACAACAACCUGAAUUAUGACAUUUCUGCUAAGAAAAGGAAGAAGGAUCUUCUUAAUAACAACACAAAGACACAAUAUUUCUACCAAGAAAAGUGGAUCUACGUGCACAAAGGAAGCACCAAGGAGCGCCAUGGCUAUUGCACUCUGGGUGAGGCUUUCAACCGACUAGAUUUCUCCACUGCUAUCUUGGACUCCCGGAAAUUCAACUAUGUUGUGAGGCUUCUGGAACUGAUAGCAAAGUCUCAGCUGACCUCUCUGAGUGGCAUUGCCCAGAAGAACUACAUGAAUAUACUGGAGAAGGUGGUUCAGAAAGUUCUGAAGGAUCAGCAGAGCAUUCGUCUGAUAAAGGAAUUGCUGCAGACCCUGUACUCAUCACUGUGCACGCUGGUGCAGGGACUGGGAAAGUCUGUCUUGGUGGGGAACAUUAACUUCUGGGUCCCUAGGAUGGAGACUAUUCUGGACUGGCAGCAGCAACUGCACAACAUCCAGAUCACCAGGCCCGCUGUUAAGGGAACGACCUUAACCGAUCUCCCCUUGUGCCUGCAAAUGAACAUCAUACAGAGGUUAACGGACGGGAGGGACAUUGUCUGCCUGGGUCAAGUGUCCUUGGAUUUGCAAGUUCUCAGCGAGGACCGUCUGUUGUGGAAAAAGCUGUGCCACUAUCACUUUACAGAACGCCAGAUCCGUAAGAGGCUCAUCAUAUCCGAUAAUGGGACUCUGGACUGGAAGAAAAUGUAUUUCAAACUGGUCCGGUGCUACCCCAGAAGAGAACAAUAUGGAGACACACUACAGUUCUGCCAACACUGUCACAUCCUGUCCUGGAAGGGUACGGAGCACCCCUGCACAGCAAACAAUCCAGAAAGCUGCUUGGUCUCCCUCUCCCCACAAGAUUUCAUCAACUUGUUCCGGUUCUGAACCUUCUGGAUCACAAUAACGAACUGAACUGAACAAUGUUAUGGUCUGAACCUACUCUGUGAAUAGUGUACAUUUUGCAAAUAACGUAAGCCACAGAUAUUUUUGGCGGAAGAGGGCAGAGUUCACUCCACACUAUUCAAGGAAAGUGUUUCACUACGAGACUCGGCUGGACUUCGCGAAGCGUUGGCCAAGGACAAUCAGUCAUAGUAGGGUGGACUUAGAUGUACUGGGAUCCAAGAAGCAGGACCUGAGAUGGUCUGUAUAUAGGAUCCUCAGCUUUCAUGGCCUGUGAAUUUGAAAGGACUUUUGCUUUAUUGAAGACUCUUUACCUUGAUCAGAAAUCUUCAUAUGACCUGCUAUUGCCAUAAACUUUGCUACUCCUUAGCACUCCGCCGACAGAAUGUCGAAUACACCACACAUCUCUCUACCUCUUUCAUACAACAACCCUCCAUCCAGUAGAAUUGAUUCAUUUCGCAACACAGACCAGCCUGAUGUAGAAAAGGAAACGGGUGAAUAUUUUAAAGGGACUCUAAUGUCGUUGAUUUUAAUUUUCUUUUGGGUGAGUCUGGUGGUUAUAUCGUAGGACGAAUGCACUAUUGUCUAGGAGU